CGCUCAAUUCACAUUUCACAGUAAAAUUUUCUUGAUGUUUGUUGGCGGUUGUUUAAACUUUAAUUUUGAAUUAUUGUAGUAACUAAGAAAAAUUUUGUUGGAAUAUUCAAGCAGUCCACAUUGAGUCCACCAAAAUUAAAAUAAAAUGGCUGAAAAUGAUAAUCUAAUAAUUGCCGUGACAAAUAUUUCUUCUGAAAUAGAUGUUUCGAGAAUAAAUGCUAUACUAACAGACCAAUGGAUAAAAGCUCAAGCGUAUCUGGAUAGAAAACUCAAAGAGCAAGUUGAGAGGCAAUCAAUAUUGUGCAGUUUCAUCCAUGACGCAAAUUCAAAACUAGAAACUGAAAUAAAGAUUGCCCAGUCGGAGUUCGAGAGUUUAAAAAGCGCAUUUGAAUCUAUCAAAUCAGCGAAUAUAGAAAUAAAAACGAAACACCUCCUUACCAAAGAAAAAAAGAAGGAAAUUAAGGAACGUGUAAGUAGUGGUAUAAAAAAAUAUGAAAACUCCUGGGUUGAGUCAAAGAAAAAGUACGAUAAUAUCCCAUUGAUAAAGAAAUAUUCUGAUGUCCAAAACAAACGCCUUCAGAUUGUAGAACGCAUUAGAGUUCAUGUUAACAACGCUAAUUCUAUAUCCGAAAAAAUAUAUAAAAAGAAAGCUGAAUUAGUGCUUCAAGAUAGAAAAAGAAUCAUAGAAGUUGCUGAUUUAUUACUAAAUGAACGCCCAAAGCUAAUCCAAGCGAUUAUUGAAAAGUACAAUGGAAUAAAUAAGAUAAAAAAGAACAUACAAAAUAUGCUACAAAAUGAAUCCAUACAAAACGUAUCAGUCUCGCCAUUCAAAGUAGAGUCAAUUUAUGAUGCCGUUAUUAUCAAACAAUUACAUGAUCCUAAACAAAAUGAAGAUAUUUUUGAAAACUAUGAUAAUAUGCAGAAACUUCAAGUAAGCCAGAGCAAUGAAUUCGACACCAUAAAGCAAAAAUUAGAUCAGAUAAAAAAAGAUGAUUUUUCGAGACCAAUGAAAAGAAUAAACUCACAGAAUAUUGUGGAACCGAUUAAUAAAAGAAGUAUGGAUAAGAGCAUCAUUAAAAAUCAGUUCAAUUUGAGCUUUUUUAGUAUUGGUACUAAAAUUGGAAGCUCUGAUUUUGGAGGGAAAAGGAGAGAUUACUCUCUUAAUAAAAUUAUUCACAUUAUUGACGACGUUAAGCUUAAUGCUAAUGAAACAUAUAAUUUAUUAAAAAAUGCAAAUCCUCAAAAUCUUCAAGGUGUGAACGCUAUAAGUCCCCGAAACGCUGGAGAUGAAAAUAAAUGCAAUGAUAAUGUUGCUAAAAUUAUUGAGGUGGAUGAACACACACAGUUGAGUGGUACAGAAGAAAUCGUCAAAGGCGAGGCUCAAGACAUUAUACUGCCGCCAACAAACUUUAUGGAUUCAUCCAAGGAAGCAGUAAACGGCAAUAACUAA